AUUUUAAUAACUCUGAAAUCAAAGACUUCAAAAUCGAGAAUAAUACCAUCUACUUUCCCUUUACGGCUAUUGCUGGGAUUGGAGAAAAAGUAACUGAGAAAAUUAUUGCUUAUCGUCGAGAAAAAGGACCCAUUACUAGCCAGUGA